AUGAAAGCUGCUCCUGAAAUUGAUUUGUUGCCCCCAAAGGGCGGCAUCGAACAAGGAAAACAUCCACAUGGUUUGAAAAAAAAAAACAGCAAAAUUAUUUCGUAUUUGAAAAAUGAAUCACAAAUUAAUGUACUCUUAUCAAAAAUUAAAGAAAAGAAUGGAGUAAAUUUUUUUAAAAAUAAUCAAAGUGAAAAGUUCUCCCUUAAUGAGGACAAAAAAAAAGAGGUCACCCUUUACAAUCACUUGUCUAAUUUGUCUUACACCCAGCCAAGUGAAAAAAGCUUAAAUGAAAAAAAAGGUCACAUAUACAUGCAUAGAAAGUACACGAGUGAACGUGACAACGCGCCUAUGUCGUCACCGCCAGGAAAAAAAAAAAGAACAGAAAAAUCUACCCUCCUGCACAGAUUAGUAACACUUACUUCUGACCAAGCAACACAAAAAGCGCAUGUACACGUUAACAGCCAUGUGGGGGAAGUAAAACACAAUGACAUUCGUUCCGAGGGAAAAAAAAUAAUUACAAAUGAAUAUAAAAGUUCCAAAAUGAAGGCCAAAAAAUAUAGCACCUUGAAAUACAACAUAUUUGUUAAGGGACUCAAAAAUAUAGACAACGCAACAGAGGGAAGAAACAAUUCAUUCCCAAAGGAGGAACCUACUAUAAUCAAUAACAAUAUUAAUAAUAAAAAAAAUCAAUAUGCAGAAAGGAAUGAAAAAUUCAACUGUGAUGAUUUGCUACAAAUAUACGAACAUAGAUACCUUCUCCAUAUUUUUAAAAACAGCAAAAAUGUACCUCAUAAAGAAAUAAAAAUGAUUAGUAAUGCAGAUUACGUUCAAGGCGCAAAAACACGUAACUCAGGAGAGCACCAAUUAAGCAACGGAACAAAGGACAAUAACCUGGACAAAUCAGAAGCAGGAAUUAACGGUCAUCAUAGUAUGUAUCAUAUACGCAAUCUUAAUGAUGGAAAAUAUGGGAAGGAUACCGUUUUGAAGAGGAACUUAAAUGAAGAAAUCACCACUUCAGGGGAUGGCACAUAUUCUCGUUACAGUUCGUGUCAUGCCAACGGAGUUAAAAAUGCUAAUGUGCAAAGUAACAACGCGGAUGAUCCUUUGCACGAGCUGGGCAGCGCCCUCGCCAAAGAUGACAAUGCAACUGCGUUGAAUGGGCAAUGUAAUCACUUUGCCUCUAGACACAUAAAGGACCCCCUUAGGUGCAUCAACUUGAGAACAGAAAAAAUACCAAAUGGUGGUCAGUCCGACUCUGGAGAAAUGGGGAACAGUUGGGGGAACAACACGGAAAAGGAAAAUAAAAAUAAUACGAACUAUUCGAAUGUUCAAAAAAAUGUUUAUAAAGAUGCGUCUCAACUUGAGCUUCUUCAAAAUGGGAUACACAAAAAAAUCGAAAGGUUAAGUAGUGAGAACUGUACAAGGGGAGAAUUGCUAGUGGCACCCCUAACCAGAAACAAACCUGAACAGAGUGGAAACUCCUGGGAAGAAAAGGACAAUCCAACAUGUAUUCUACCCAACAUCAUGCAGACAGAAAAGGAAGAAGGGGAAAAAAUCACAUACGACCCCAAUGCAAUGGAAAAUCUCAUUAAAAAUAUACUAAUUAAGGAAUUCAAAAAUCAAGAUUAUUAUAGAAUUAUCAAAAUGGAACAAGAAGCAAAAAAUAUAUUCCCAGAAUAUGAACACAGACAAUCACACAAGGCGAAAAUCUACAAAUUGGGGAGUAACAAUCGGUUUGGAACACCUACAGGAGAAAGCCAUCUCUUUGCGAGCUGCCCGCCAUCCUUUAACCCUAACACUUCUAGCAGUCAUAAGCAAAAAAAGAUCGACUCACAAAACAAACCUGAAACGGAGGUCAUCGAGGAGAAGCCCCCUACGAACGACAACCACGUGGAACACGAAAAUAAACAAGAAGAAGAGGUAUUAAAAGAAGAAGACAAUAAAAUACCAUUAAGUGGUAGCAAAAAAAAUAACGAAAAUGAAGAAAAAACGGGAAACAAUAAAUGUGCUAUCUUAAAAAACGUAGACAUGAAUAGGGCAGACAAACAAAUCAAACUUGUUAAAGGUGAUGCAAAUAACGGAUAUGUUUCAAAUGAAGAAAAACGUAAAAUUCGAGACGCCUCUAAAGACACAACAAAUGUAAGCGCCCCCAAAUUGGUCAUACACAAAAUCGAUAGCAAAAAUUCCAAGGAAUAUAUUUCCAUAAAAAUUGAAAAUAAACCAAGCGCAGUCAAAAAAUGCAAACUGGAAAAGAGCAGCAAGAUAGGAAAACAAAAUAGUGAGAAAAAAAAAGUACAUAAUGGCAAGAGGGGACUUCAGCAAUGUUUGCCAUCGGAAGGUACACAAAAUAGCACGGUUAAGCAAAGCACUGACGAUCCGUGGGGUGGUGUGAAAAGCAGUAGCAGCACGGAGGGGGAAUCAAAGUGCGCUCAAAAUUGUGCGCCAACACCACCACCAAACUGUUCACCAAACUGCCCACCAAAUGAGCCCAAUUCCGCACUCAACUGGACCACCUGGCGCACGCGUCUAUUCCCCCUGUUUCGCAUUGAGAACAAUCGUAUCUACGCAGAUAAGAACAGUAGAGCUUACACCACCUUGACGGACCACAUAAACGACAGUAUUUGCAAAAUAUUUAGGACGCAAAAGAGACUCCUCAUUUUUCAUAUCGUCCUCUACUCCGUGAAUCUCCUAAUUUUUUAUGCCUUACUACAGAGCGACUUCCUGCUUGAUCAAGAGAGGGGCAUCAACACAAAAGCCACAAUGUGUAUUCUUUAUAUCCUCAUUGCAGAACUGUACAUACUAUUUUUAAACAACGCUUUCUAUUUUUUUUUCAAAAAUCAAAUCAAAAACGCCAUUUUUUCCCUAGACAGGGUUAAUUUAAUACAUAUCAUGAGCAAACUAUUUCCACAGUACUCCUCCUUUUUUAAGGAGAAAUUUUCAGUGCAUGAAAAAAAUGGCAAUUCGUUUUGCAAGGAGUUGGAAGGUCACCAAAAGGGGGGACACAAUGAGAAAGCUUUAACAGCCGAGGAGCAAUUUACGAAUUCGUAUAACAAUUGGUCCAUUAAAAAAAAAACUUCUGUUCGCUUUGCGGACUCUGAAAUACUUGAUAAACUCAAAAAUGGGCAUCACAAUGUGACAAAGGCAGAAUAUAAUCACGAGCGAUAUGUACACCACAGCGGAGGAGGUAGCACUAGCAAAAAUGCACCAACGAUGAAUGGGAACAACUUAGUCCUUUUACCAAACAUGAGAGGAGCUCUCACUCAUUCGUUUUUUAACCCAUCUAACGCGCCUCCGUAUGGAACAGAUUCGAAACAAACACAACCACAUAACAGUUUAAUAGUACAAGGAAACUACCCGUGUUCAUUUGAACAAGAUGGACAAAAUGACAAAGUACAAUACACCGCCUCGGGGGAAGCACACAGGAUUAAAUCUACAGAGAGUGAAAACAUAACCACUGUCACACAUUUCAUACUAAAUGAACAAAGAAAAAACAUUCUGAAUCGAUUUUUUUUUUUUAAAUUAAGACAAUACUUCAACUUGUUCAUAAUUUUGUUUGCUUCUUUGCUAAUACACAUCACCAUCUUUGUUGAAAUAAAAGAUCCAUUCCAUUUCCACGUAAAAACAAAUUUGUUUUUUUUUAUUUUCGUAUCUUUUAUCAUUCUCCUUCAAGUCCUCAUUUGCAUAAUGGCAGAAAUUGAGGAAAUUUUUAUUCAGAAAAUGAAAACGCUUUUAAACAAAAGGGUUACAUUUUUGGAUUAUCAAUUGGCUAUGUAUCUGGGUCUGCAACAUUAG